AUGGCGUCCUGCGCGGCCGUGGCGUCCCCGCGGCGCGACGGGGUGCCCCCGCUGCGGCCUUUGCCCCGCGGCGGCCUGCUCGGGGCCAUCGAGCGGCUCUCCCCGCGGCAGGCCUCGCAGUCUCCAGCGCGGGCAGCGGCGGGGGCGUCGCCGCGCGUGACUCCGAACAAGAUCCGCACGCUGCAGGACAGGCGGCCAGGGGGGGCGCCCACUGGCUCUGGGGCGGAGCCGCCGGCUGCGUGCAGUCCCCUGGCGGCGGCGGAGGCGCACGAGCGCCUCGUAGGGGCCGUGUGCGAGGCCGUGCGCGAGGCCGCGCGCGAGGAGGUGCGGGAGCAGAUGCGGGAGGCCACCGGAGCUCUGCAGGACGCCGUGCGCUCGGAGGUGUCGCUGGCGCUGAGGGCCUCGCCGGGCGCGGGCUCGGGGCGGCAGGCGGUGCUGUUCGCCCGCAAGCCUGGCGGCGAUGUGCACAUGCCCCCCCUUAAGUACACCAGUGGCGAGCUGCAGGCGGGCCUCAUCAGGGAGGAUUCCACUCGCGAUUCUCCGGUCAGCGGGACAAGCAAGAAGGUGACGAGUAGCCACCACACGUUCUGGAGCGAGGAGAGGGCGAAGCAUCUGUCGAGCUUCGCAGAGAGGCAGGGGCGUACUGAGGUAAUAGAGACAGGCCCGGCAAUCAAAUGGAUCGAGCGUCUGAACUACUGGUGGAAGUUGAAGGAGCCCAAGCGACAUGGCAAACUCGCGGAUUUGUUCGACAAUGAUUGGUUCGAGGUCUCCGUCCAGGUAAUAAUUAUGCUCAAUUGCGUCUUCAUGGCAAUCGUCGCAAACAGCGAGGUGGCUAACUUGGACGAAGACCCGCACCCCAUCAUCUUGCCCCUGGAGAUCGCCUUCCAGGUGAUCUACACAAUUGAAUUGGUGGCGAAACUGUACGUUCAUAGGUUGUAUUUCUUCUGGAACGAAGACUCGGCCCUCAACAUUCUGGACUUCACGCUGGUCUUCACAGGCGCGCUGGACAUAGCGCUCAGGUUGAGCAACCUGUGGAACGUCACCUACUUUCGCAGCUUGCGCGUGGUGAAAGUGGCCAAGGCCCUGCGGCUGGUCCGCGUGAUCACUGGGGCCGUGCAGUUGCGCAACAUAUUCAUCUGCAUCAUCGGGUCUCUGAUGAAUCUAAUUUGGAGUAUCGUCAUGCUGGCGGUGGUCCUGUACAUGUUCUCCCUGGGCAUGGUGAUUAGCGCCGCGACCCACCUUCAGGAGAUGGGCGAGGGCACGACAGAUUCCGCUGAGAGUUUACGCGAGGACCUUCUGUCGAUGUACGGCUCCGUCCAGCAGUCGAUGCUAACCCUGUACCAGGCAACGACGGGCGGCGAGGACUGGUCGGUCUCCUUCGAUACCAUCUCCAGCACAGGUUGGGUCGCUUCGGUAGUCUACCUGAUGUUCGUUUCGUUCAUGCACAUCUGGUUUGCGGCUAACUGGCAUCUUCGUGGACACGGCCCUCGAGAGGCUCGCCCCAGACCGGGAGGCCAUGGCCCUGAACCAUCGCAAGGAGGAGGAGUUGGUGGCCGAGGAGCUGCGUGCUCUGUGGAGGGAGGUGGCCGGGGGCGACGACUUUCUUUCGGCCGAGGACUUCCACGAAGGCAUUACUGGGGACAAAAUACCUCCCCGGCUUCAGCACAUGGGGCUCUCCGUCGACAACGUCAACCAGUUCUUUGGCGCCCUGUGGAAGGGCUCGGAGGACGGCAAUGUGCGCAUAAACAGCUUCGUGGGCGGCUGUAUGCGGCUGAAGGGCUCGGCCUCCAGCUUCGACAUCCAGGAGCUGCGGUCGGAGGUAUUCGCCAUAGGCAGAAAGGUAGACCGCGUGGGGUUGGGGCUGAUUCGCGAGUAGGGUUUCAGAGAGGUCCUCGGAAGCCGGGUCCCCGAAGGUCUCCGUCUCUCCCUUCGCUUGCAGGAGGAUGCGCACGCCUCUGCUGCGCUUGGCGCGCAGGAUAUUCCAAGUCUUCGGCCCAGCAGUUGUUCAGGAUCGUCGCCCCCGCUGCUAUGCCGCCUUGA